UCGCCUUCUCUCUCUCUCUCUCUCUCUCUCUCUCUCUCUCUCUCUCUCUCUCUCACUAAACACAAACAUCUUGUCACUCUCCUCUUUCCCCCCAUCGUACUCUGCAUCUGGUGAAGAAAAUGGGCGCAACAGAUGCAGAUUCCAUGAAGAAGAAGGAGAUGGUUCAUUCUCCGAUUCUAACUUACUUCUCUGUCAUCACUCUUCUCUCUACUUGCCCUCCUUUCGUCAUCCUCCUAUGGUAUACAAUGGUACAUCUCGAUGGUUCUUUACUAAACACAUUCAAUUAUCUCAUGGAGCAUGGAGUUGAAGGGUUUGUGAACAUAUGGCCUAAACCUACUGCUAUUGCAUGGAAGAUCAUUGCUUGUUAUGGCCUCUUUGAAGCAGCCCUCCAGCUAUGGUUACCUGGGAAAAGAGUUGAAGGCCCAAUAUCCCCUACAGGCAAUAGGCCAGUCUAUAAGGCUAAUGGUGUGGCAGCAUAUGUGGUGACACUGAUUACAUAUAUCAGCCUUUGGUGGUUUGGGAUAUUUAAUCCUACAGUUGUUUAUGAUCAUUUGGGAGAAAUAUACUCCGCACUCAUUUUCGGAAGCUUUGUGUUUUGUAUAUUCUUAUACAUAAAGGGUCAUGUAGCACCUUCUUCCACUGAUUCUGGUUCAUCAGGAAACAUAAUAUUCGAUUUCUAUUGGGGCAUGGAGCUUUAUCCUCGAAUUGGAAAGAAUUUUGAUAUCAAAGUUUUCACCAACUGUAGAUUCGGGAUGAUGUCUUGGGCUGUUCUUGCUGUAACCUACUGCAUAAAACAGUAUGAAAGAGAUGGGAAAGUGGCAGAUUCUAUGGCUGUAAGUACGUUGUUAAUGUUGGUUUACAUUACAAAGUUCUUUUGGUGGGAAGCAGGGUACUGGAACACAAUGGAUAUUGCACAUGAUCGAGCUGGAUUUUAUAUCUGUUGGGGAUGUUUGGUUUGGGUUCCUUCUAUAUAUACUUCCCCUGGCAUGUACCUUGUCAAUCAUCCUGUCAAUCUUGGAGCUCAGCUGGCGAUUUCAAUCCUAAUAGCAGGGAUUUUGUGCAUAUACAUAAAUUAUGACUGUGAUAGACAAAGGCAAGAGUUUCGUAGAACAAAUGGCAAGAGCUUGGUUUGGGGGAAAGCUCCAAGCAAGAUAGUUGCAUCAUACACUACAACCAAGGGGGAGACUAAGACUAGCCUUCUGCUGACUUCAGGGUGGUGGGGUUUAUCUCGUCAUUUCCACUAUGUACCUGAGAUUAUGGCAGCAUUUUUCUGGACAGUUCCGGCCCUUUUUGAUAAUUUUCUUCCAUACUUCUAUUUCGUGUUCUUGACCAUCUUGUUGUUUGAUCGAGCCAAAAGAGAUGAUGAUAGAUGUCGUUCAAAGUAUGGUAAGUAUUGGAAGACGUAUUGCAACAAGGUUCCAUAUAGGAUCAUACCAGGGAUCUACUGACAUGGAGAUAUGCAAUGUUGGCAUGUAUUUUUAUGAGAAAAAAAAUAUUAGUAUUUGGUUAGUUUUGAUAAAUUAUUGAACUCAAGCCCUUUGCUAUUUUAGGAGGGGUGUUAAAUUAUUGAUCUUAAGGUCUAUGUAUGCUGUUUUCUGAUGAUAUUUUAUGAGGGGUGUUACGCUAGAACAUAGCAUUAGCAGUAUGGAAUGAAGAAGUUGCUUGUUCA